GCAUCUCCCUGUCUCGCCCCGUGUCUCCGUGUCUCCUCUCUUGCCCCGCGUCUCCCUGUCUCGCUCCGUGUCUCCGUGUCUCCUCUCUUGCCCCGUGUCUCCCUGUCUCGCCCGGCGUCGUCUCCGCGAUGACCGCGCUGCGCCAUGCCCUGCAGAAGGAGGUGUUCACCCCGGCUGACGAGCGUCUGCUGAGCGUGGUGAGCGUCUGCAAGUCGGGGAAGAAGAGGAAAAGCUGCUUCCUGUGCGCCGCGGUGACGACGGAGCGCCCAGUCCAGGUCUCCAUCGUCAAGGUGAAGAAGGCGGACCGCGGCGAGCUCUACAAGAAGCAGAGCACAUGGCUCCUGCGGGACCUGGUGGUGGUGGACGGCAGAGACCCCGUCAAGGAGAGUGCGGAGUUUGAGCUACACCUGGACAAAGUGUACAAGUGGGUUGCGAGCAGCGUGGCCGACAAACACGGCUUCGUCUCGUGCCUCUGGAAGCUCAACCAGCGCUACUUGCGCAAGAAGAUCGAAUUCGUGGGCAUCAACCCAGCCCUGCUCGAAGAACUGGCCGAAGAGGCGAGCGGGCUCGGCGAGGGGGGCGGCGUUUCGGGGGGUCCCGGGGGAACGGGCGGCCCCGACGAGGCCGGCGAGGGGGACCCCCCCGACGACUACCAGGAGCUGACGUCGCGGGAGGAGGGCGACAUCGAGAAGAUGAUGGACGAGUGCCACACGGCCAUCGCCAACGCCGAGGCCUUCGCCGGGCGCCUCUCGCGGGAGCUGCACGUCCUGGACGGGGCGAACAUCCAGUGGAUCAUCGCGUCGGAGCAGCAGGUGGGCACGCUGAUGUCGCUGCUGGACGAGGCGCUGGGCGAGGCGGACCGCGUGGAGCGCACGCUCGCCUCCUACGAGGACAUGCUGCGGUCCGUGCGCCAGCAGAUGGAGCAGGUGUCGCAGAGCAACCGCCUGGUGCAGCUCGCCCACGCCAACUCCCGCCAGCUGCUGCAGGAGGUGGACUACCUGGUGAACCAGCUGAAUCUGUCCCGCGGCCACGUUCAGGCGCUGAACCAGGGCGACCUGACCACGUCGCGGGGGAUCACCGCGUGCAGCGCCGCCGCGGAGGCGCUCACGCAGUGCAUGGGGGUGCAGCUGCACCCGGGACACGGCAAGCUGCAGGCGGUAGUGGAGCAGAAGAUCAAGUUCGAGACCUUGAGACAGAACUUCACCAAACGGCUGUCGUACCACCUCAACAAUAUGUUUGUGCAGCAGGGCAUAGCUGGACCUGGAGGCCCCCACGUCACCGGGGAGCUGUCCCUUCCUCGCCACGCGGCCUUCCAGCGCGACCUGCUGCCCUACGCCAUGCUCAUGGGCUGGCUCAAGGUCACCGACCAGGACGUCUUCACCCAGCUCGCAAAGGUGUACUCGCAGAACCUGAGCCGCCUCUACGAGAAGGAGAUCCGGGAGUUCAUGGAGAUGGCCAAACAGAGACUGCUCACCUCGUCCCGAGACUCACGCAAGCUGUUCACUCAGCGCCGACCCAGCCUCUCCCGUCUUGAGUCCUCCCAGGUGGCUAUGAGCAAGUUGACCGGCUCCUCCUCCAGCCUCAAUAAGCUGGGGGGGGGCGGGGGUGGCGGCGCCGCUGGUGGGGGGGGAGCCCCCACCCGGGGCUCGGCUUCCUCCUCCCUGUCCGACGUGGGCAACAUGUCCUCGUCCGACCUCGACAUCAGCGACCACAGCAAGUUCGACAAGAUCUUCGAGCAGGUGCUGGUGGAGCUAGAGCCCGCGUGUCUCGCCGAGCAGGACUUCCUCUGCAAGUUCUUCAACCUCCAGCUGCCUCCCCCGCAGCCCCGCACCACGCAGACUCAGGGAACCCCCACGCAGGGAGACACGGAGUCUGACGGACUGAUUGCGAGUCGCCAGAAGCUGCCCCCCUCCUCGCCAGACCUCCCCAAGGAGGACGCGGCGAUCCUGCGCCAGAUGAUGUCGGAGAUCUUCCAGUGCGUGGAGCUGGAGGUGGCGGGGCUCAUCGCAGUGGGGGACCGCGUGGAUGCGCUCACCUCGCUGCACAUGCUCGUCAAGAUGAGCCACCACGUGUGGACGGCUCAGAGCCAGGACCCCACCUCCUUCCUCAGCACCACGCUUGGCAACGUCCUCGUGCUCAUCAAGCGCAACUUUGACCGGCUCAUCUCGACGCAGACGCGGCAGAUGGAGGAGGUGAAGAUCGGCAAGAAGAGCAAGGUGGCGGUGCUGCCGUUCGUGUCGGCGUUCGAGGAGUUUGCCGAACUUGCCGAGGGAAUCUUCCGCAGCGCGGAGCGCAGGGGGGACCUUGACAAGGCCUACGCCAGGCUCAUCCGUGCCGUGUUUGACAACGUGGAGAAGGUGGCGGCCGAGAGCCAGAAGACCCCGCGGGACGUGGUGCUCAUGGAGAACUACCACCACCUCUUCGCCACGCUCUCCCGCCUCAAGAUCAGCAGCCUGGACGCGGAGCGGCGCGACGCCAAAAACAAAUACGCAGAGCACCUGCAGGCCUACGUCACGUCCUACCUGGGCCAGCCACUCCCCAAACUCAACGUAUUCUUUGAGGGCGUGGAGGCGCGCGUGGCGCAGGGCGUGAAGGCCGACGAGGUGGGCUACCAGCUGAUGUUCAGCAAGCAGGAGCUGCGCAAGGUGCUGCGCGAGUACCCGGGCAAAGAGGUGAAACGCGGCCUCGAGAACCUCUACAAGAAGGUGGACAAGCACCUGUGUGAGGAGGAGAACCUGCUGCAGGUCGUGUGGCACUCCAUGCAGGAGGAGUUUAUCCGUCAGUACAAACACUUCGAGGGACUCAUCUCUCGCUGCUACCCGGGCGCCGGGAUCAGCAUGGAGUUCAGCAUCCGUGACAUCCUGGACUACUUCUCCCAGAUCGCACAGGCACACUGACACCCCGCACAAUCACGCACACUGACACCCCCGCACAGGCAGACGCACACAACACGCAACAUGCACACCGCCCCCCCCCCCGGUGAAAGGGCCGGCACAGCGGCACUCCCACGACGUGGUGGUUUGGCCAGCACCACGCACAGAGUGCGGUGAUGCGCUAACCACCACACUACCGCCGCACGCACGCCGCACACACGCACACACGCACGCACGCGUAUGCGUGUAUGUAUAUAUUUAUACGCACUUUGCUCGCGCUUUGCACGUGUUCACGGGUGUUGAACCUGGGUGAUGGGUGACCUGAGGCCUGUCCGCAUAGAAACCUCCUCGCCCCCCCCCCUACACACCCAGCCCCCCUGCCAUGUGUUAGACUCCCCACUCACCCCCGCUCCCCCCCCCACGUGCCCCCUCGUUCUCCCGCCCCUCUGCCGCUCGCUCGUCUAGUCCAGUCGAGGCGUCGUUCGCUAGCGGUGACGGAUAAUUAACCCAAUUAACGCACCCCAGUUUGCUCGCUGCGGCGGCGACCAGCCGCCUCCUUGUCGCUGUUCGGUAGCUGCUGCUGUGGUUACGGUUCCCGUGAACGUCGUUGAAGACUCGGCCUCUACCAGAAGGCUGUUUCCUCUCCUGCUGCACCAUACCGCGUUCAGCCAGCUCACUGCUGCAGGUAUCCACCCAUGCAAUCUCCCAACCAGCCACUCAUUCAUCCACUCACUCACCCACUCACCCACUCACCCACCCACUCAACCACUCACUCACCC